AGGAUGGGCAGCAAGAGCACAUAGCAAUUUGGCCACACGAACGCAUCCAAAAGAGCAGCGCACCUGCUUGAUAGAAGCGCCAAACUCGGUUUUCCACCGCUCUGCGAACAACAGCGUUCCGUAGCGCCCCAGUAAAUCGGCCGUACUCUCUGAACACCCAGAGCUCUCACACUGCCACAGCUGCGACCGCCCCUCGCACAGCUCUCUGACCACCGCAGAGCGCUCGCACCCACCACCACCACUCCACACGACGAUAUAUGGCCGACAACUCCCUCGCCGACAUCCUAAUCUUAGCGGUCUUGUGCCUCGCCGGCAUCGGGAGCGCGGCCUACGUCGUCCUCAGACGCCUCCAGCGCGUCGAGAGCCAGGCGCUGGGCGACGUCGAGCUGCAAGACCUCAAAAGGGACGAGGACCUGACGUUCGAGGGACAAGUGGUGAAAGGAGACGUCUUCCUCCCGCAAGGACUAUGAGUAGUCUACGCGACGCGGUGCGCGAUAAAUUAAGAGAAGACAAGGUCAAGCUCUGGCUGCCGCCCUACGACGACGCAUCAAAGGUGGACGCGCUGGCGAAGACCUACGCUGGAGUGCUGGAAGCUCCGGAACAGGACGUCGCGGCGCACCUCGCCGACCUGAGGCAGAGCGCCCUCGCCAAGCUCGCGCAACGGACACUCAUCACUUUGCAAGGCACCAACUUCUCGGUGCGCGUAUCCACAGAGCUCCCGGGCGCCGUGGCGCGCGCCGCCGUCGCCGCGGCUUUAGGGCAUGACGUGCGCACGCAGCACGUGCGCAUCGUUGGAGGUGGUAAAGCGCUCACGGACGCGGAAUCAUUAAAAGAGCAGGGCUGGCCCGCCGACGCGACGCGCAACGGCGAAGGAUUGCGGUGCGUCGUAGCUUGUACUCCUAAAACGGAGGACAUGCUGGACCCGGACGCCCUCGCCGCGAACGAGCGGCGCCGCGUCCUCGAGGCCUGUGACGUCCUCGCCAGCGAUAGGCACUUUUCUUUAAGCGACGGCGGCUCCGGGCGACGCGUGGACGUCCACCACGCCGCGAGGGCGCCGCUGGUGCGAGCUUUAUGUUGCCACGCGCGGGGCCGGCAAGCGUUAGGAGAUGGAAUGAGCGGAGGAAGCCGCGCCGUCGACGCUGUGGCGUGGCUGCGAGAGGCCGACGCGGAGUUUCAGAAGGCCGUCGCCGCGAGUCCCGGGCUCCGCGACCUUGCGAACCUGGGGUUCCUGCAGCUCGACCUCGUGCGGGCGUAUUGCGCGCUCGGCGACGCGUCGAGUGUGGACGACGCCGAGCGGCGCCUGGCGGCCGCGCGGGCGGCGCUUGUGAAGCGCUACGACGCCGUUUAUGAGAGUCGCGGUGUGGAUGCGGCGAGACGGGGACGAAAGGUCCCGGCUGCAUUCGUGCCGCUCGCGCGACUGCUGGUCCUAGAGUGCGUCGCGGCGCGCGCGCGCGGCCAGCAGGCGGCGGACCGCAUCCGCGACGCCGACGCUAUGCUUGUCGCCUUAGAACACUCCGAGGCGGCGAUCCGGCCGCUGCAGGAACUGGGCCAUUCACCGCGCGCCGCCCGCGGCGCUUUACGGAGAGCCGAGGGCAACUCUAUACGAGCGGCGAACGAGCUGACGGAGCGCGCGGGGCGAUUGGCGGCGAACCGGGCACGCCCCGCGGCCAUGGCAGGCGAGGUCGCCGCUGACGGCUCUUUGAUCGACGCCGAGUCGCUGAGCCGCGUGCGAAGGGGCGCCAAGCGGGCGUCGGAGUCGGCGCGGUUGGACGCGCUGAAGCGCCACCGCAACGACGCCGACGCGGCCAUCGCUGAAUUAACCGCGCCGGUGCGUCGCCCGCGUAUACAAGUCCCGUCGCGGCGAUGGCGUACUCAUCGACCUCCACACACAGGUGGACCCGACGGCCCUGGCGUCGCUCGUCUCCAUGGGCGCCGAGGUUUCUGCCGCGGAGGACGCUUUACGCGCUACCGGCGGCAACAUCGACGCGGCGGCCGCGAAGUUGCUAGAAGCGCCCCCGCCGCAACCGCAACCGCAAGCGCCGCCGCCACCUCCUGAUCUGCCGACGGACGAUGAAGACAGAGAUGCGGCGCUGCAGGCGGCGCGCGAGCUCGUCGAGCGCGAGCUCGGCGGCGCGCUGGCGGGCGCCGACGCCGACGCCGAGGAGGGGUGCGACCUGCAGUUCGAGCGGCGGCUGCUCGACGCGAUCAUCAGCGGGGCGCUCUAAGUAUCAACACAUAU